AACAAUUCAGCAAAGAAAACAAAAUUUUCGUCAGAAAAAGCUGUACAAAAUGUUCAGUUUUGAGGGUGAUUUUCGAAGAAAACCCCUCCAAUCUUUGCGAGGAGCUAGUAGAAAGGACCAGACAGCAGACCUUUUACUGAGGAACCAAAAAGAGAGGCAGAAACGCGAGGACCAAAGGAAGAGGCUGAGCAGUGCAAUAAAGAUCCAGUCAUUCUACAGAGGUGCUACAACAAGGGCUUCACAGAAAAAUGUUGAAAGAGAAAGAUUUGAUGCUGUUUUCACCAAGACCCAGAGGAAGCAGACGUACAUGGAACUCCACCUUUUGACAAAAAAGUUACUCUUCUUCUACUCAGAUGCAACGGACAGCCAAAGAUUGACAAACCUCUGCCAGAUCAUCUUGAAGCAGAGAGAGCUCAUUCUCGGCACUAUACAAGAGGAGCAGGGUGACAGUACACUAUUCCAGAUCAAACAUCUACUUGUACUCUGUUGCAGGUAUCUUGAAACCAUUGCCAGUUCUUCUGCACCGCUGGCAGUGCCUAUGCGGAUGUUGGAGGUCUUCACAGACCCGCAGACCUAUGCAAAACACGUUAAGGACCCUGGUGGAGGGACAGCGAAGCAGAUAGUCGAACACAUCAUGGUUUAUCUCGUGGGAAAAGGUUACCUGACAAGCCUUAGGAAUAUCUUGGAGUACCGGGUGCCCUCUGGCUUAGAGAGGAGCCCCAAUCCCCCAGUUCCUGUGGCACAUAAUCUGUUUCUGCUCACAAUAAAACCAUUACAAAUUGUGACGGAAAGUGCAGACCAAAACAUAAGGAAUAUCAUACUAUGCAGUUUUUGUCGUGAAUUCUUCUGCCAGGAGUACUCCGAUCAAAUCCAUCAAUUUCUAAUCCCCGCCCUGGCAGCCAUGACGGAUGCGCCCUUUCCAUUCAUCGCCUUCCUCCACACUCUCUUGCCCGAUAUCAUUGAGGACACGGAGCAGGGAGUCAAGACACCCACCCUCUCAGUACCAGCAUCACCCUGGCUUCUCUAUGCGGUACUCCAGCUUAGUAAGCCACAUUUCGAUUCUCUGUCAGACGCUGAUGUGAUCAAGUACUUGCAAGUUCUGCAAGUGUUAACCAAUGAGCUGCCCUCUCUGCAGUUACAUCCUGAUGAUGAGGAUUCUGAUGAUGAAGAUGAUAAUCAAAUGGACUGUGAUGACCUCUCUUUGACUGGACUUCCAGCAGUGAAAGAGGAAUGUUUACGCUGCCUUGACGACCCCAAACUGAUCCGAUGCAUGGUGUUAGCGGUGCAGAGAGACCCUCGACCCUCGACCGUGCUGGCUGUUUGUACGAUCUGUCACACUCUCAUGCAGAAACACAAGAUCAUCGUUCACAAAGCAAAAUUAUUGUAUUCUCUCGCGUUUAAUUCAUCAUUUAUUCGGAAUCUUUGGCAAAUCUGUGUCUCGAUGACUGCCAAGAAUAUCAACACAGGCUCGCACACAGCGCUCCUACAACUCCUGUCGCGAGGCCUCUCCAUGACAUUGGAUGAAAUGAACCGCAUUGUUCCAGUUCUCUCUGUCUUCUGCUCCAUGUUCUGUUCAUCCAUUCUCACGCUGCAUGAUGCCGAGUUCUUUGGAGAAAACGAAACUGCAGAUUCUGCAACCAGAUUACCAUUUGCCAUCCCCGAGUUGGUGGCCAUUAGUCGGACUCUGCGAGAUGCCUGCCUGGGUAUCAUUGAGUUGGCCCACCCAGACUCCAAGCCCACACUCACAGACGACUACAGGAAAGCAUUCAAGAGCAUCUGGGCCAAUGAUCUAGUCAUGUCGCAUAAGGAGUUGCAAAGUCAAACAGAAACCUGGGCUUAUUUAUUCAAGGUGACCGUGCAGCUCGUCAAGCAGCUGUACGCCAGAGAUCGACGGAAGUCCUUCUGCCCUGAUGGUCACUGGUUGUCAAACAGAGUCAGUAUACAGGCUGAUAAGCCCUCACAGUUAUACUCUGCAACCAACAACGUGUUCGUCCACAGGAGAUUUGGGGAUCUGAGUAUUUUGAAUCGGAAUCCUAACUUUAAGGUGGAAGACGAGGGUCCUCCGUUGUCGACGACUGAAGCUAGGAAUCUCACCAUCUUGACCGAGCUACCAUUUGUGGUACCUUUCCAUGAGCGCGUCAAAAUUUUUCAGAAGCUCCUGUUGAAAGACAAACAGGAGAGCCAGAGCGAGAUGCAUGACUUCGGUAGCGGACAGGUCAUUAAUUGUAUGAUACGCAGGAAUUACCUCUACGAGGAUGCAUUUGAGAAACUCUCCGUUGAAAAUGAGCCUAAUCUCAAGUUACGGAUGCGGGUCCAACUGGUGAACUUUGCCGGGCUUGAUGAAGCUGGAAUAGAUGGGGGAGGAGUCUUCAGAGAGUUCUUGUCAGAAUUAUUGAAAACAUCGUUUGAUCCAAACCGAGGCUUCUUCAAAACGACGAUGGAACGUUCAAUGUAUCCGAACCCACAUGCUAACCUGAUAGCCGAUAACUUCACGGUGCAUUACUUCUUCAUGGGGAGGAUUCUUGGGAAGGCCCUCUAUGAGAACAUGCUGGUUGAGUUACCCUUCGCUGCAUUCUUCUUGUCUAAGAUCUUGAGUCGGCACAGCGGUGAUGUUGACAUACAUCAUUUAGCUUCACUAGAUCCAGAGGUCUACAAGAAUCUGUUGUACCUGAAGAACUAUGAAGGAGAUGUGUCACAGCUUGAAUUGGACUUCACCGUCACCAACAAUGUUCUUGGUGAAACAGUGCAUGAAGAGUUGGUGCCAGGCGGACGAGAUAUUGCAGUGACCAGUUUAAACCGAAUCGAGUACAUUCACAGGGUAGCAGACUACAGGCUAAAUAAGCAGAUACGAGCCCAGUGUAAUGCAUUUCGCCAAGGCCUAGCAGACGUGAUAAACCUUGAGUGGUUGAGGAUGUUUGACCAGAACGAACUGCAAGUUCUCGUCUCGGGAGCUCACAUUCCCGUUGAUGUGGACGAUCUCAAGCAACACACAAAUUACUCUGGUGGUUACAACACGGACCAUCCCGUCAUCAAAACCUUCUGGAAGAUUGUCGGCGAGCUCACUGACCAGCAGAAGAGACACCUAUUGCGAUUUGUUACCAGCUGUUCUCGACCUCCACUGCUUGGCUUCAAGGAACUCUAUCCAGCAUUCUGUAUCCACUAUGGUGGCAGCGAGGGCGAUCGUCUGCCCACGGCCAGUACCUGCAUGAACCUACUCAAGCUGCCUGAGUUCAGGGAUGAGGAGACCAUGAGGAGUAAGCUGCUCUAUGCUAUCGAAUCUGGUGCUGGCUUUGAACUAAGCUGAUCCACAUGUGGAAUAUGGUGCCAAAGUCGCUGUAGUCAGAUCAACCUGUUGAUUGUGCUAGAUUUUACGCAACACAGCCAUUACUUUCAUGAACUUUCUCAAGCUCCCUCGUUCAGAUGGAAGGAAUAAGCUGUUCAUUGAAUCUGGUGCUAGGUAUGAACAUGGAAGAUCAAAGCAUGGAAGUCGGUAACUGACUUUGUUUGAGAAUAUCAAAUACGGACUAUGGUGCCAGAGAUUGCUUGAGCUGAUCAAGAUGUUAAAUUUGGUGCCAGAAUUUGCUCAAUGUGUGCAUAGUCGAAAACAUUUGGUGUGGGUGGGAUAACAUUGUUACCUCUCUUGCUGUGUGUGAUGGAGUGGUCAGUCAUACAAGGGUACUUGUACUUAAGAUGGUUCUCAAACAGUACAUAACAAUUUUUUGGACUGUUAAAAUGACCAACCUUGUUCACUUGAAUCAACUCCUUGAUGACGAGGCCAGCUUGUUGAACGCAGCAAAGGGUUGACUUGAGUGACUGCCAUGUCUCAUAUUGGCUUGGUUUAGCUCUGUUGUUAGUAAAUUGAAUGCCUGACAUACAGCCCGGCUGCUGUUGUCAUGACCUGAUCAUUUGCAAACUUAAGCUAGGUGUACCAAUCCCAUUUGAACAAACCUAGAGCUACAUAGGCCCUGUCUGUGACAUACUCGCUCUGUCUAUGUAUUACUUGUCAUUUUCUAACUGGGUAAAGUUUCUGGUCGGUUUCUGUAAAUAUGUCUAAUUUAAUGUCAAACUGUUGUUGCUCUUUUACUGAUGAAGUUGAGAAGAAAGUGAUCAACAAUCAUAA